AGCAGCUCAGCAGCUUGUCGGGACGCCGAGGACGCGGCGGAGAAAGCGAGAAGGAGAAGAAGUCUGAAGUGUCCGGGCAGAGGAGUGUGCAGGAUGGCUCGGUCCUGACCGGCCGAGUCUGGUGAGCGAGUGGCAAAGAGGAAAAGAAGAGCUUUCAUUCAUCUUCACGAGGCGGAUGGAAAUUAUUUGGGAAUACGGCUUUCUCUCCUCCUCAACUGUGGUACCCUGAAGUCAGACUACAAAGAGACGAGGGGUCGGUCUGUGGUUAAGAUGGAUACUUUCUUUUUAGAGGGGGCCCGUGUCUGGCUGAGACACAAAGAGCAGCUCCUCCCCUCCACUGUCAGCUCUUGCAGUGAUUCGGCUCUGGUCCUCACCACAGACUAUGGCAAGGCGAUCCAUCUGCAGAGGGAGGAGCUGAGCAGAGAGACGGUGUACCCGAUGCACCCCAGCAGCAUCCAUGGUGUGGAGGACAUGUCCACACUGGCAGAGCUGCAUGAAGCCGCCAUCAUGCACAACCUCUUUCUGCGCUACCAAAAAGACAAUAUCUAUACCAACAUAGGUUCGAUUCUGGCGGCAGUGAACCCCUACAAGCAGAUAUCAGGCCUGUACGAUGGCACUGCCGUCGACUUGUACAGCAAGCACCAGAUGGGGGAGCUGCCUCCCCACAUCUUCGCUGUGGCCAAUGAGUGUUACCGCUGCCUGUGGAAGCGGCACGACAGCCAGUGUGUUCUCAUCAGUGGGGAGAGUGGUGCUGGGAAGACGGAGAGCACCAAGCUGCUGCUCAAGUUCCUCUCGGUGAUGAGUCAAAACUCAACAGGGACGCCUUUAUCUGAGAGGACCACCAGGGUGGAGCAGGCCCUCGUUCAGAGCAGCCCCAUCAUGGAGGCAUUCGGGAACGCUAAGACCGUGUACAACAAUAACUCCAGCCGCUUCGGGAAGUUCAUCCAGCUUCACUUUUCCCAGAACGGAAACAUCCAGGGAGGCUGCAUCAUCGAUUAUUUGCUGGAAAAGAACCGCGUGGUUCGGCAGAAUCCCGGCGAGAGGAACUAUCACAUCUUCUACGCGCUAUUAGCUGGAGCAGACAAAGACCACAGAGACAUGUACCUCUUGUCUGAAGGUCCUGAGUCGUAUCACUACCUGAGCCAGUCAGGCUGUGUGCAGGACAGCAGUCUGGAUGACAAGCAGCUCUUUAACAGUGUGAUGGAAGCCUUGAAAGUGAUGGAAUUCACUGAGGAGGAGAUCAGGGACGUGUUCAAGUUGCUGUCUGCUGUACUCCAGAUGGGCAACAUUGAAUUCAUGACUGCUGGCGGAGCUCAGAUUACGUCUAAAGGAGUGGUCAGUAAUGUCAGCGAGCUGCUCGGUUUGGACUCCUUCCAGUUAUCGGAGGUGUUGACCCAGCGCUCCAUGAUCCUCAGAGGAGAAGAGAUCUGCUCCCCCCUCACUGUGGAGCAGGCGCUGGACUCGCGCGACUCGGUCGCCAUGGCCCUUUAUUCUCAGUGUUUCUCCUGGAUCAUAAUGAGGAUCAACCAGAAGAUCAAGGGGAAGGACAACUUCAAGUCCAUCGGCAUCCUGGACAUCUUCGGCUUUGAGAACUUUGAGGUGAACCGGUUUGAACAAUUUAACAUCAACUACGCCAACGAGAAACUCCAGGAGUAUUUCAACAAGCACAUCUUCUCUCUGGAGCAGCUGGAGUACAACAGGGAGGGGAUCCAGUGGGAAGCCAUAGACUGGAUGGAUAAUGCAGAGUGUCUGGAUCUCAUAGAAAAGAAACUGGGCAUGUUGGCUCUUAUCAAUGAGGAGAGUCGCUUCCCCAAAGGCACCGACUACACCCUCCUGGAAAAACUGCACAGCAGACACGCAACGAAUCCAUAUUACGUGAAGCCCAGAGUUACUGACCACCAGUUUGGCAUCAAGCACUACGCCGGAGAGGUGCUUUACGACGUGCGUGGAAUCCUGGAGAAGAACCGAGACACCUUCAGAGACGACAUCUUGUUCAUUCUCAAAGACAGCAGGCUUGACUUCAUCUACGACCUCUUCGAGCGCGUUGGCAGCAGGAAUGGAGACGAGACCCUGAAGAUGGGCACGGCCCGGCGCAAGCCGACCGUCAGCUCUCAGUUCAGGGACUCUCUCCAUUCCCUGAUGGCCACGCUAAGUGCCUCCAACCCCUUCUUCGUACGCUGCAUCAAACCAAACAUGGACAAGAAGGCCAACCGCUUUGAUCCUGACGUCGUCCUGAACCAGCUGAGAUACUCCGGGAUACUUGAAACUGUGAAGAUUCGCAAAACUGGAUUCCCUGUCCGCAGAUCCUUUAAGGACUUCUACAGCCGAUACAAGAUGAUCCUGAAGAACAGAAUCCCCUCAGACGACGAGAAGCAGAGCUGCUCGGAGCUCCUCGCCCUUCACGACAAAGCCAAGAGAGAGUGGCAGCUGGGGAAGACAAAGGUGUUCUUGAAGGAGGCCCUGGAGCAAAGGCUGGAGAAGGAGAGGGAAGAGGUGCGGCGGCGGGCUGGCAUGGUGAUCCGCGCCCACAUCCUCAGCUAUGUGGCAAGGAAACAAUACAAGAGGGUUUUGUCCAGUGUCGUCACCAUCCAGAAGAACUACCGCGCUCACUUUUGGAGACGUGUCUUCCUCCGCCUCCGCUUUGCCACCGUCAUCCUGCAGAAACAUCGCAGAGGCCAGCAGGCCCGAUCCCUCUAUCGCCAGCUCAAGGAGGAGAAGCAGAAGCGAGAGGAGGAGGAGAGGAGGAGGAUAGAGCAGGAAGAGGAGAGGAGGCGGGUAGAAGAGGAGAGGAAGAGGAUGGAGGAGAUGAGGCAGGAGGAGGAGGAGAGGAGGAGGAGGGAGGAGGAGGAGAAACGGAGGCUAAUGGACGAGGAGCUGAAGAAGAAGGCGAAGGAGGAGGAGGAGGAGGUCAUGAGGAGAGAGGAGCGGAGACUGAUUGAGGAGAAAGAGGAAGAGCAAUUGGCAGCAAAAGGGGACAAGACAAGGAACUCGUUGGUGAACGGUGCUUGCCAAAAGAAGGAGCUGUCACAGACUCUGUCUCACAGCCAGACCUCUGAGGAGGAGAGCCGUCAGAUGGAGGAGAUCCUGCGACUCGAGAGGGAGAUAGAGCGUCUGCAGAAGCAGCAGGAAGACGGCGUGUCCCUCCUCGGGGACGUCUCCCGCGAGGAGCUGCGGCAGAUGAGGGAUGCGGAGAUCUACCGACUGGAGAAAGAGGCUUCCCGUGUGGCUACCGAGUUCCUGGAGCUGCUGGACUUUGGCGGUUUGGAGCCAUCGCUCUCAAGCGAGGAGAACCUACACGACCCAACUGAAUCGACUGCUCCGCUGGCUGAGGAGGAGGUAGAUGAGGGUUUCCACGCAGAAGACGAGUGCAUUCCUUUGCCUGACUUCCCUGCUCCAGCUGUGGUCCCUCUUGACAAGGAAGUAUUUCAAAGUAUCCCCCCUCCUCCACCUGCCUUUGCUGAAGGACUACUGGUCGGCCCUCCUUCAACGUCCUCGCCUGCACCGGGAAAAUUCACGGCAGUUACUCCCAAUGGACUGAGUCAUGAACCCGCUCUCACAGACUCCCAAACCCCGCACCCUCCUCCUACCCCUGUAGUCACUAAUGGAGACAUGCACCCAUGUCAGCGGGCCAGCAGGGGAUCAGGCUUUGAGCCUGUCAACGAGGAGCCAUCCCACGCAAACCCGCCAGACACGGAGUCAGACUAUGACCAGGAAGAGUUUGAGGAGGCUCACGGCAGCUCGGGAGCUAGCACUAAUGACGGCCAUAUCACGGACGAGGAGGUGUUACGGAAAUCCUCCUGCACCCAAAACAGCCUGGACUCCUUCAGAGGCAGCUCAGACUCGUUCAUCGACAGCGAUGAUGACAACGACGGCUAUGUGGACACAGAUGAGGAAGUUUCUAAUGGGAGAAUGAAUCUUCUGAAUGGCAGCGGGCCUCCGUACUUCCAUGGCUACCUCUACAUGAAGAGUGGUCUCAUGAUCCCGUGGCGUCGCCGCUGGUGCGUGCUCAAAGACGAGACCUUCAUGUGGUUCCGGGCCAAACAGGACUCCCUCAAAUCCGGCUGGCUCUACAAGAAAGGAGGAGGAAUGUCCACUUUGUCCCGGCGCAACUGGAAGAUGCGCUGGUUCGUUCUGCGCGAGUCUAAACUCAUGUACUUUGAGAAUGACAGCGAGGAGAAGCUGAAAGGAACUAUCGAUGUCCGCACAGCCAAGGACAUUGUGGACAAUCAUGAGAAGGAAAACGCACUCAACAUUGUGACUGAUGAGAGGACAUACCACAUCUAUGCAGAGUCCCCUGAAGAUGCCAGUGGUUGGUUCAAUGUGCUGAGUCGGGUCCACAGCGCCAGCCCGGAGCAGCUCAUGGAGAUGCACCAUGAACAGGCCAACCCAAAGAAUGCAGUGGGCACACUAGAUGUUGGCUUGAUUGAUUCUGUUUGUGCAUCAGACAACCCAGACAGACCAAACUCGUUUGUGAUCAUCACGGCUAACCGAGUGAUCCACUGCAACACAGACACUCCUGAGGAGAUGCACCACUGGAUAGGCCUGCUCCAGAAAUCAAAGGGAGACUCCAGGGUUGAUGGACAGGAGUUCCUAGUCAGAGGGUGGCUUCAUAAAGAGAUGAAAUCAGGGGCCAAAAGCACUUCCCUGAAGCUGAAGAAGCGCUGGUUUGUUCUCACCAGUAACUCCCUGGACUAUUACAAGUCAUCGGAGCGUAGUGCCUCUAAACUGGGAACACUGGUUCUCAACAGCCUCUGCUCUGUGGUGCAGCCUGACGAGAAAGUCUUCAAGGACACCGGUUACUGGAAUAUAAUUAUCCACGGGCGCAAGCACUCUUAUCGGCUUUACACCAAAAUGCUGAAUGAAGCCAUGCGGUGGGCGAAUGCCAUACAGGGAGCAAUAGAUAGCAAAGUUCCCAUCGAAACGCCAACACAGCAACUCAUCAGGGACAUCAAGGAGAGCAGUUUGAACGUAGAGGCCGUGGAGCAGACGUACUGGAGGAACCCCAUCCUGAGAUACACCCAGCAUCCUUUGCACUCCCCUCUUCUACCUCUGCCCUAUGGAGACGUCAGUGUCCACUUGCAAAAGGAAAAGGGUUAUACCAGCCUGCAGGAUGAGGCCGUGAAGAUUUUCAACUCCCUGCAGGAGAUGGAGGCUGUAUCAGACCCUGUGCCAAUCAUCCAGGGAAUCCUGCAGACCUGUCAAGACCUGAGGCCGUUAAGGGAUGAGGUCUACUGUCAGCUGAUCAAACAAACCAAUCACGUCCCUCACCCUAACAGCCUCGCCAACCGCGCUCACUGGCACCUCCUGACCUGCAUGAGCUGCACCUUCCUGCCCAGCCGAGGCAUCCUGCGCUACCUCAAGUUUCACCUGAAAAGGAUUAAGGAGCUGUUCCCUGGCACGGAAAUCGAAAUGUUCGCCCAUUUCAUCGGCGAGUCUUUGAAGAAGACCAAGACGAGGGAGUUUGUUCCCUCGCAAGAGGAAAUUGUGGCACUGCUUACCAGACAGGAAAUGACCACCACAGUCUACUGUCACGGAGGAGGCUCCUGCAAGAUCUCCAUCAACUCGCAUACAAGUGCUGGAGAGGUGGUGGAGAAGCUGAUCAGAGGCCUGGCUAUGGAAGACAGCAGGAACAUGUUUGCGCUUUUUGAGCACAACAAUACUAUUGACAAAGCCGUGGAAAGCAGAGUCCUUGUGGCUGAUGUUUUGGCUAAAUUUGAAAGACUGGCUGGCAGUGAGGAAGCUCAGGAUGAAGGCCAGUGGAAGCUGUAUUUUAAGCUCUACUGUUUCUUGGAUGUUGAAAGCAUGCCGAAGGAAGGAGUGGAGUUUGCUUUCAUGUUCGAGCAAGCCCAUGAGAGUUUGACCCGGGGCAACUUCCCCGCCCGCGAAGAGACCCUGCAGCACCUCGCCGCCCUGCGCCUCCAGUUCCUGCACGGAGACAAGGCGCGGGUGACGUGGAGCCUAGAGAACGUCUACCCCUUGGGCCGCCUGCGCACUCGCAUCCUGCAGUUCACCAAGGUGGGCGGAGCCACGGGGACGGGCCAAACUCUUGAGCGACGGAGGACGAGCUUCCUGGACGGGACGCUGCGUCGCGGGCUGAAGACGGGCUCGAUGAAGAAGCAGCGCAUGGAGGAGGAGCAGAUGAUGGAGAUGUGGAUCAAGGAGGAGAUGUCUGCCACCAGGGCGAGCAUCGUGGAGAAGUGGUCCCGCCUCACAGGUCUGGACCAGCACCAAGCCAUGCUCAAAUACAUGACCAUCAUCAAAGAGUGGCCGGGAUAUGGAUCCACGCUGUUUGAUGUUGAGUGCAAAGAAGGUGGCUUCCCACAUGAUCUGUGGUUGGGUGUGAGCGCUGAGAAUGUGUCCGUCUACAAAAGAGGAGAGCCAAAGCCCCUGGAAACGUUCCCCUACGAGCACAUCGUCUUCUUCGGAGCGCCACAGCCCUGCACCUACAAGAUCACUGUGGAUGAGAGAGAAAUGUUCUUUGAAACCCCACAGGUUGGAGAGAUCACAAAGAUCAUGAAAGCCUACAUAAACAUGAUCGUGAAGAAGCGUUGCAGCGUGAAGUCGGUGUCCAGCUAUGGGACCAACUGGAUCAGGUGAUUCACUGGACGGGGACACGGGGUGUGCUUGGCCAAGAUGAGAAGAGGAACAAAUGACUUGAGCAGAGGUUCCUUAUCGCAGGUUUCGACUUGAGCAAUGUAGCAACACAGACAAUCUCCAUCCAGAAUAUUUCCUCAAUGAACAGACACGAAAACGCUUAUUCUUUACGGCUUACGGCGAAUGUGGGAACGUCCAAGCAUCUGCACCUUCACCGUGUCGCUUCCCUCCGCACAGCCUCCCAACAUGGUCACUCGCUCUCGUUAUUUACACUGGUCAUAUCUCACGUGUUACUUGAAAAGCGAUUCAGGUAUCUUGUCAUGAAUUUUAUUGUCAUGCCCAGAGGACAAAAUCUUUUUCUUUUCCAAAACAGAAGGAAUUCCUCCUAAUCCUACAUUCUCACACAACUUUCAGGAGUGUGUUGCAAACUGACUGAGCUGGCAUCUUUACUCUCGUGGUUCUCCUGUAGGACAUUGCGCCCAUUUUUUUUAACGAAUGUUCUCCUGCGUGGAGAUUCCCUCAGGUUAUUGGUAAAUAACUGUCCUCCUCCCAGAGAGAUUAGCUCCCUCAUUUUGCCUUAUUUUAGUGGUGUAAUCUUGGAGUGUUGUUGUGGCCUUGCAGGAGCAGAAUAUCGCCUGCUGUGCGGUAUUUUCCAGGGGUGAUUCUGCCAGAAAAGCAAAUCCCUGGCUUAAAAAAAAAUUUAAAAAAAGAGCCAAACUCAUAAAUUCAGUGUGAAUAAACCACUGCGUCGCUUGAGAUGCACAAUCUACAAACACGGUGCGGUCAAGCAUUUUCCUCGCAAGGCGUUGAAUAAUUAAUUCAAAGUCAUUGUGCUUGCCUGCUUGAACAAGUACCCUAUGUCGAGCUGAUUUAAUGUGCGAGUGUAUGUCUUCGAAACAGCUGAAACUGAUGUUCAAUUGUGUGUUUUAAAAAGCAAGCAUGGUGGCGCCUUUUCAGUGCGUCUCUUACAAAGAGGUGUGUGUGUUUUUUUUGUUUUGUUUUUUAAGUGAUGUCAGCAGCCAGCAUGUGAGGGUGGGGUAUUUAUUCACUGAAGUAUCAACAGAUUGGUCGGAUAAGCUCGGAGAAGUGUGCUUAAGAUGCAUUGAUGCAGUUUUGUUAGUACUUUAUGUUGUUGCGUUAGUCGUGCUUUCACGGACGCAACAGUUUUAAAAGAUGCAGAAAAAGACAAGCUGUUCAUAACUUAUAAUGGAUUUUCUCCGUUCUGUAUCUCUAAUAACUGAAGUGUGUCGCCGUCAGGUUCUGUUGUUGUCUCUUUAUCCAGAGGAUGAUAUUCCCUCUCCUACAGCUCACUGUAAAUGGACACAGUGGAGUCGAGCCUAUGCCAACCAACCUACAGUAUAGUUCAUGAUAGGAAUAAUCUGAUCUCAAUGUAAGGAGCUUAGUAUUUACCUCACAUUACAUCACUGUCUUCCAUCGCUUUCCAAUCAUACUCACUUAGGCUCUCUGGUCAGCUGCCGGCGGCCACACCAGAGACUGACAUUGACGAUGACUGUAUUUCUGAGAUUUCUGAUUGUUUUGAAGAAGAAAAAUCGGAAAAAUGUUUUAUAUCAGAAUUUAAAGAUGCUUUAAUAAAUUAUUGUAUUUCAAAA